AUGGCAGAAGGGAUUCCAGAGGAGCGAGAACUGGAUGAUUCAGAAGAUCUUCCCAAGGUGUUGUUUAUCAGCACCAUUGAUGAAUGGUAUUCUAAUAUAGAUUUUUUUUUUACUUAUGGUGAAUGUCCACAACAUUUGUCAUUCAAGGAAAAUAGGAGUAUCAAGCUGAAAGCUGCAAAAUUUGUAUUAUGGGAUACUGGUUUUAAUAAAAGAGCAAUUGAUGCAUUACCAUUGAGACUGGUGAUUGUUGAAGAACCUUUCUGGCAAUGGGACAUUGAUUUCAUUGGUGUGAUCAAUCCUUCUUCAAGUGUAGGCCAAUCAUUUCUCAAGGAGAAUAUUAUUUCUAGAUUUGGUGUUCCAUACAAGAUCGUGACUGGUAAUGCAGCCACAUUUUCUUCCUCUGAAAUUACACAAUUUUACUUUGAAUAUGGUAUUUUGUUAACUCAUUCAUCCGAUUAUUACCCCCAAGGUAAUGGUCAGGCGGAAUCAAGUAACAAGAAUGUGAUUACCAUUAUUCGCAAACUUGUGGAAGAGAACCAAAGGUCUUGGAAUAAGGUUCUUUAUGAUGCUUUAUGGGUGGACAAAAUUAGACCCAAAAGGGCUAUUGGUAUGUCUCCAUUUCAGCUUCUUUAUGGGAUCAAUGUAGAAAUACCCGUCACUUUGGAACUUCCUGCUCUUAAAUUGGCUAAAGCAAUUGAAGAUCAAACUUUCGAGAAUGAUUUAGACAAGAGGAUCAUGUACCUUUCUCAGUUGGAAGAACAAAGAACACAAGUGGUGGAUCAGAUCGCUCAGCACCAACAAGUCAAAGUCCUUUUUGAAAAAAAAGUAAAGAAAAGAGGGUUCCAAGUGGGUGAUAGUGUUUUACUUUGGGAUAAGCGAAGGGAACCGAAAGGUUUACAUGGAAAAUUUAACUCUUUGGCGAGGACCCUUCACUAUUCACUGUAUUGCUGGAGAAGAUAG